AUGGAUGUGGUGGGUGAAAAUGAGGCUCUUCAACAGUUUUUUGAAGGGCAAGAUGUGCACAGAGCAUUGGAGAAUGCAAUGGUGGAUACACGUAUGUUGGAAGAAUUCAUAGACAGUGACCUUGAGUCAUUUGGAAGUCUGCAAAACAAGCUACCAGACUCCCCACCAGAUUCAGGAUCAGAGCCAUGUUCCCCACCACAAUCCAAAGUUCCAUCUUACGAUAUUUCAUGCCCUCCUGGAUUGCGACCUCCAACCUCUUUCCCUUCCUUAGGGCCUGCCAAUACGUUUCCUUGCAACAUUUUGGAGACUUCUGCUAUGACGAAUACUACGGGACAAGUCUGUGGUACACUUCAAGACUUCAGUUUGAAGACAGGCAAUACUGCAACUCCCUGGAAUAACUCUACACUAUCAAAUAGCUGUGCUUCAAAUUGUUCCCUUUUAAAAACCUCUCCUAACCCUAGUCUUUCCUUGGUAUCUAAAAAGAGAAAGCUCUCUGAGAUUUUGGAGGACCCUCUAGAAUUUCAAACAUGGUUUGGCAAUGCUGGACAAAGCCCUGUUAAGGAUUCUUCUCCUGAUGUGCAAGAGUAUGAUGGACAAAAUACAGUAUCUGCUGAAAAAUUCUGUCAGUCCCUCACAUGGCAACCGCAUCGGGUAUCUCCCUGGAGCAGCCUGUUCGACCAUAAUUAUGAAAAACUCCCAGAUGUGGGAUAUUACAUUGUUACAAACAAAGGAUUUAAUUUUUCAACAGCAGACGAUGCUUUUGUCUGUCAGAAGAAAAACCAUUUCCAGAUAACAGUCUACAUUCAAGUGGUGGGACAUCCAAAAUUUGUCAAAACCCAUUUGGGGUUGAAGCCAGCAGAAGCAUUUUACUUGAAGGUUUUUGGUAUUAAGAUGGAAGCUCCCAAUCAAGUCAUCAUCGCUGAGCAAUCACAAUCUGAUCGAAGCAAAAAACCUUUCUAUCCUGUUAAAGUCAAUCUGCCAGCUGACCAGGUCACCACAGUAACCCUGGCAAGAUUACACUUUAGUGAAACAACGGCCAAUAAUAUGAGGAAGAAAGGAAAACCUAAUCCUGAUCAAAGAUACUUCAUGUUAGUGGCUGGAUUAUAUGCUGUCAGUCAAGGCCAGUCUUAUUUGGUGACUGCUCAUGUCUCGGAAAGGAUCAUUGUCAGGGCCUCCAACCCUGGACAGUUUGAGACAGACAGCGAUAUGCUCUGGCAGCGAGGACAGGUUCCUGAAAGCGUCAUUUGUCAUGGCCGAGUAGGAAUUAACACAGAUGCACCAGAUGAAGCCCUGGUUGUCUGCGGAAACAUGAAAGUUAUGGGAGCUGUCAUGCAUCCAUCUGACAUUCGAGCCAAACAGAAUAUCCAUGAGGUUGAUACGUAUGAGCAGUUGAGAAGAAUAGCACAAAUAAGGCUGGUUGAAUAUGACUACAAACCCGAGUUUGCAUCUGUUAUGGGAAUUAACCAGCUCCAUGAAACAGGAGUAAUUGCCCAGGAAGUGCAAGAACUUUUGCCAAGAGCUGUACGAAACGCUGGACACUUUACAUGUGAAAAUGGAGAAAAAGUUGAUAAUUUCCUCAUGGUUGAUAAGGAUGGUAUUUUUAUGGAGAAUGUAGGUGCAGUGAAACAACUUUGCAAAUUAACCAACAAUCUGGAAGUUAGGAUAGAAGAGCUGGAAGCAUGGAAUAAAAAACUGGCCAGACUGAAAAGGAUAAAUAGCUUGAAGUCAACUGCAACUAGUGAAAAGAAUCCAAUAAGGAAAUUUAGCCAAGCUGCUUCUUGUUUACCGUCAAGGAAAUCAGUUCCCAUAAAGGUGUGUUUUCCAGAGAAAAAUCAGUCAUGGUCCAGUUCCAGGAUUUUCCAGAUAACUGUAAUUGCUUUGGUUGCUGUUAUGGCACUCUGUGUUGUGACGAUAUCCACCCUUUAUGUACUUAGUAUACCAGAGCAAGGCAUUGCCAGUUCUGCACACAGCAAUUCAACAAGUCUGAUAACACUCCCUCCUUCCACCACUCUGACAGUGACCAGAUACAGUACAAUGUCUUCAAGGCCUGACCCUACUGAUGCCAUUCCUGAAGUGAAUUUCUGUGGCAUUUUACCUUGUCACAAAAUUUACUGUUGUCCAAGUCAUCAGAUAGCAAGAAAAAAUCUAAAUUAUCAGAAGAUGAAGGCCAAGGAAGAGAGACUGAAAAGAAAUGGACUGUUGGGGAAAAAAUGGAUUGAAAAGCCUGACCUUGGAAAUGACUGGACUGAUACAACAAUCAGUUCUAUGCAGAUCCUAGAGACGCAACAAAAAAUAGAUCAUCGUUAUUGCAGCAAAAAUCUGCAGUGCAGGUCUGGAAAUUAUAGUUACAUGGUUCCCCUUAACAAACACACACCUGUCAAGGUAAAAAUCUCACUGGAAAUCAAUACAACAGAACCACUAAUUAUCUUUCAAUGCAAAAUCACCUUUGGAAAGUCAUGCUCAUGUAAUCCAUCACAACAAACCCGUAAGAAGAAGGAACCUUUUCAGGAAACCACACAGGGAUUCCAGCAUAUUUGGGCUCUCCCUGUAGGCGCCUUCUAUGAUGCUGCAUACCAUUUUCGUGUCGCUGUUCCAGAUCUUGCAGACUGUUCAACAGAUCCUAAUUAUGCCGGGAUAUUUUUCACUGAUUACUUCUUCUACUUCUAUCGCAACUGCAUCUGAAAGGAUGGCUUGAACUCUUUUUUUGGGGAAAAGGGGGGGACUUUUGUCCUGCUGAGAGCUUGUUUGUCACCUUAAUUUUUUCUGGUGAAUACUUACUAAAAUUCUAUUC